AUGAACGAGUUCAUCGGUUGGUGCAAAGCGCGCGGCUACAAAUUCGACGGUCUUGAAAUCACAUGUCCACCUGGAAACUGUGGAAAUGGAAUCUACUCGACGACUACAUUCCGUGCCGGACGUCCGAUUAUCACCCUUCCAGAGUACGAUAUGAUCAACUCGGCACUCGUUGUAGACCUCCCAUUCUAUCGUAAAAAGAUGGCCAAGUUCACCGAGAAGCUGAAACCAAUGGAAAUUCUGACAAUGUUCUUCUGUUUCGAGGACUUUGAAACAUCAGCUUGGAGCCCAUAUCUGAAAGUGUUGCCCAAGGAAUUCGAUACGCCCGCUUUCAAAGGAAUCGAUUAUGAUGUGAACACACUUCCAUUAUCGAUACGAAAGUUUUGGGUAGAUCAGAAGAAAGAAAUUUCGGAGAUUUCAGAAAAAGUAGGGGAUCACUAUGAAGUUCGCAAAAAAAUAGUUUUUCAGCUCCGUCGCCUAUUCCCCGAGCUCACACACGACAAGAUACUGUGGGCGUGGCAUGUGGUGAACACACGUUGCAUUUUUGUGGAAAACGAGGAGCACGACAACGUUGACAACUCGGAUGGCGAUACGAUUGCAGUGAUUCCCUACGUGGACAUGUUGAAUCAUGAUCCACAAAAGUAUCAGGGUGUGGCGAUUCACGAGAAGCGAAACGGGCGGUAUGUUGUGCAGGCGAAACGGCAGAUUAUGGAGGGAGAGCAGGUUUUUGUGUGCUAUGGAGCACAUGACAAUGCACGGCUUCUGGUGGAGUACGGAUUCACGUUGCCCAACAAUUUGGGUGCCAAGGUUCUGAUUCCACAAGAAGUCCUCCUGACCCUAGCCAAAAUUGCUGGUAUCGCAGUGACUCGUGAACACGAGAUGGUUCUCGAAGAAGUCGGCCUACCCAGUCACCUCUACGCAACUGAUGAAGGGCCCAGCUGGUCGCUGCGUACAAACGUCCGUGUGAUGCUUCUAGAGCACUGGCAAAUGGCGAACGGACGAUGGAAGAAGAUAAUCUAUUCACACGACCCCAUCGAUGAGGAAGUGGAUCAGAAAAUCGAUGAGAAGUUAGAGAUCAUGCUGAAAGAGUUGAGGAAUGGCGUGGUGGAGAAGACGAAGAAAAUGCCGAAGGAUGUGCAAUGGAUGUGGGAGGAGCAGGUGAAAGUGUGCGACGUGGCAAUCGAGUCGUUCGGAACGAACGACUCGUCCCAGAAGCCAAGGAGUCCGGUGGAGAAGGGAGAGGACAAGGAAAAGGGAUCUGAAGAAUAA